AACAAUCGAUGAUUCAUGGAGUCCUAUUGCAGAUGGAGUGCCAUCGAUUUCAACAGCAGACAACGUGUCAUUUCUUGUGAACGACACGCGGAAUGAACUGCAUGCAGCAGGUUCCACCAAGUGAUCCAUUCAUAAUGCCGCCAUCACGCCAAAUCCGGACAAGCAGACGCUAUAAAAUAUAAGGUCCCACUGAAAACCCCUUCUAUCGCUAUUCCUCCCUGAAAUAGUGACAGCACUCUUUUUCCGUUCCUAACAACGAAAGCCGUGCUGCCACCUCUAACCAUGUCUGUUACCGUUAUCGAAAGUUUCAAGCAGUUCCAGGACUUAAUUAAUUCAGGAAACGUUGUUGUCAUCGACUUCUGGGCUUCCUGGUGCGGUCCCUGCCGCAUGAUCAGCCCCGUCUUCGAGAAAAUGGCCUCGGAGUCAGAGUUUGCCAGCAUCACCUUUGCCAAGGUCAAUAUCGACGAGAACGACCAAAUCGCCAGUGAAUUGGGAAUCCGAUCCUUGCCAACGUUUGCAACCUUCCAAAACGGAAAUAAGCUGGACCAGGUUGUUGGAGCCAGUCCUCAAGAAUUGCGGCAACUUCUUCUGAAGGCCGUAUGAAUACAUAUUGGACGUAUUCUGGUGUUGAGAGCGAUAAUCGGAGAAUAAAACUAUAACUUUCACAGUCCCUGGGCAGCAGGCGUGGAGGCCACAAACUAUAUUUUCAUUCCACUUGAACUGUUGAUUAA